AUGGCUCCGUAUGAAGCACUUUAUGGGAGGCAUUGUAGAUCUCUAAUUGGGUGGUUUGAACCUACUGAAGUAGAACUAUUGGGUCCCGACUCAGUUCACGAAGCAAUAGAGAAGGUGAACCUCAUUGCGCAACGACUUAAGACAGCUCAGAGUCGACAUAAGUCUUAUACAGACAUGAGGCAUCAUGAACUAGAGUUUUCUGUUGGUAAGAAGGUAUUCUUGAAAGUGUCACCGAUGAAGGAAGUAAUGCGGUUUGGUAGAAAGGGUAAGCUUAGUCCUCGUUUCAUUAGCCCUUAUGAGAUUGUUAGGAGAAUUGGGAAGGUGGCUUAUGAGUUGAAGUUACCAUUUGAGAUGGCCAUGGUGCAUCCUGUGUUUCACAUUUCGAUGUUGAGGUUGUAUAAACCUGAUCCUUCUCAUGUCUUGACUCAUGAAGAGAUUGAAAUCAAUGAAGGAUUGUCUUAUGAAGAAGAACCGGUGCAGAUCUUGGAUCGACCAGUUAGGAGGUUGAGAACAAAAGAUGUAGCUUCAGUUGAAUUCCUGUGGCGAAACCAUAAUACAGAAGAAACGACUUGGAAAGCGGAGGAGGACAUGAAGAAGAGAUACCCUCACUUUUUCCCUAUUCCCGGCUUUUCUGGUGUGGUUGUGGGAGUCUCUGUGAGGACCAUAUGGUUAUUGUUAGAGUAUUAUAUGACUUUUGUUCAAGAUAUCUUACAAUGUAAAUGA